UAUUUUGUUUAAAAAUUUAUUAUCAAAAAUAGUCUCCAAAUUUUAAAACCAGUUUAAACCGUUUAAACCAGUUCCUCUUCCAGGCCUCUUCAGCCUUCUUUUUUAUAGUACACUUUGAUUCUAAUUUUAUUGCUAUUAGAAAACUAUUAACCAUUAAAAUUUUUUCCUGAAGUCAACAUGGCAGAACGUUUGACGAAACAGCAAAUUCAAGAAUUUAGAGAAGCUUUUACUUUAUUUGAUAAAGAUGGGGAUGGUUUUAUCACCACAAAUGAACUAGGUGUCGUAAUGCGAUCUCUUGGUAGAAACCCAACUGAAUCACAAUUAACUGAAAUGAUUACCCAAGUUGACGUUGACAAUAGCGGAACCAUUGAGUUUCCAGAAUUUUUGGCUAUGAUGGCCAGACAAAUGAGUAGAGACGUAAAUAGUGAUCAGGAAAUUCGUGACGCCUUCCGAGUGUUUGAUAGAAAUGGAGAUGGCUUUAUUUCGGCUGAGGAGCUUAGAUAUGUAAUGACAAAUAUGGGUGAAAAACUAACGUUAGAAGAGGCGAACGAAAUGAUACGUGAAGCUGACUUAAACGGUGAUGGUCAAAUUGAUUAUAAUGAAUUCGUAGAAAUGAUGUCCAAACGUUAAUUUUGUGAAAAACAGUUCCUUGUAGAAGAGAUACAGAUGUCAUGAUAUGUUCAGGUGAAGCUUACCGAAUCACACUGCCAGCCUUUACUUUGAUGCAGAGAUGUUGACAAUAAAAAAUUGUCUCGCUAAAAAGCUGGCCUGGAAGAGGAAUUUUAUUUAUACACGUAUUUCUUUCAACCAUAAACGAAAUAAAACAAACCAAAAUACAUGGCAAUAGCAAGAAAA